AUGCUGAACCGAUUUGUCGGUCUAACUGUCUCAAUUGUUGGAAAGAUUGAUACUGUUGCUGGAAGCACCGCUAUUAUAACCACAUCUGAUAAUAAGAAGGUCUCUGUAUAUUCACCGAAUGGCUUUUCAUUCGAGAAGGAUAAAGUAGUUGAAUUCAUUGGUGUUGUAAAUCCAAAUGGGUCCAUUAAUGCCCAGUAUUCUAUGGGAUUUACUGGAGAUUACAGUGCGUCAGCAUACAACAAGCUUGUGAGCUUUAUGAACGGGAAGUUCCAUGGGGAAGUUGAACUGUCCGCUCACCCUCUUUUGUCCUACUACCGUAAAGAAAGACGCUUCAAGGCGGUGUCUCUUUCGACUCUCCUAAACAUUGUGUUGGAUGUUGGCUCCUGA